AUGCCUGCAAUUUUCUUAACAGCUAUUCUGAUAAAUAAGUUUGGCAGAAAGCCCCUAGCUAUUGGGCCACAAUGGUUCACUUGGGUAUUUUGCAUUGUAGGGAGCUUGUUAAAAGGCUAUGGAACAUGGAAGGUUGUCGGAAUUGCUUGUGGUAUUCUGGGAAUUUUUGGCAUGGCCAGAACUUAUAAUCUGUUGUUUGUUUAUAUGGCGGAGCUUGUUCCUACUUUUGUAAGAAAUGCAGCGCUAAGGUGCGCUACUCAGGCUGCCCAAAUGGGAGCCAUAUUAUCACCAUUCGUGGUGGUGAUGGGCGGAGGAAUACCCUUUGUGGUGUUCGGGGCUUGUGGGAUUGCAGGAGGAAUUCUAGCAUUUUACUUGCCGGAAACUUUAAACAAGCCUUUGUAUGACACAAUAGCCGGAAUGCAAGAUGAAGAAAGCUCGAGUAUGGUUGUUUAA